AUGGCGGUUUCGAGAACGACGGUAUUGAUUGGAGCAUUUCUAUCAGUGUUAACCAAUGGGAUUGACAGUCAGCGCGAGGAGCGUUUUAUCUAUGGAGCUUUCCCGCCAGAUUUCAUGUGGGGCGUGGCCACAUCGGCCUAUCAAAUUGAGGGAGCGUGGAAUGAAGAUGGAAAAGGUCCGAGUAUCUGGGACACUUUCACCCACACCCCGGACCGGACGUGGAAUGGUGACAACGGUGACUUCGCUUGUGACAGCUACCAUAAAAUUCAUGAUGACGUCGAAAUGAUUGCAAAACUUGGGGUUCAGUUCUACCGAUUCUCGAUCUCCUGGCCUCGGUUGUUGCCGGAUGGAACACUUUACCACAUUAACGAAAUGGGAAUCACCUACUACAACGCCUUGAUCAACGCCUUGCUGUCACAUGGUAUCCAGCCAAUGGUAACACUGUACCACUGGGACCUCCCUCAAGCGCUGCAGAACAUUGGCGGAUGGUACAACGAAAGUCUCGUCGAGUAUUUUAAUGAUUACGCCAGACUUUGUUUUCACAGAUUUGGAGAUCGGGUGCGUCACUGGGUGACGUUUAACGAGCCGUGGUCAGUGUCGUGGCUGGGGUACGGGAUUGGAAUCUUCGCCCCCGGGAUAGAACAGCCGGGGACAGGCCCGUACAAGGCAACGCACACCAUCAUCAAGGCUCACGUCAGGGCAUAUUACACCUAUCAGCGAGAGUUCAAACCUGGCCAGAGAGGUAUGGUAGGAAUAAGCGUGGACAGCGAUUGGAAGGAACCGGCAUCAGACAGUCACGUGGACCGUGAAGCUGCCGAGAGGGCCAUACUCUUCAAGCUGGGGUGGUUCGCCGACCCGAUAUACGGGGCUUCGGGAGAUUACCCGGAUGUCAUGAAAGAAUACAUUGGCAAGAAAAGUCACGCGCAAGGAUUAGAGUAUUCUCGGCUUCCGAGUUUUACCGAAGAAGAUAAAAUGCAAAAUCGAGGUGCUGCUGACUUUUUCGGGCUGAAUCAUUACACGUCACAGAUCGUGUCCCAUCACGAGCCCGAGCUACAUCCGCCAAACUACGAGCACGACCAGGAUGUCUACGUCAUUCAAGACCCUUACUGGAAGAGCUCGGCUUCCGAUUGGCUUAAAGUAGUUCCUUGGGGGAUGCGGAAGUUGCUGAGAUGGGUGAAGGAACGUUAUGGAGACGUGCCUGUUUACAUUACUGAGAACGGAGUAUCGGAUUUAGGACAACUGGCGGAUCGAGACAGAGUGGACUACUUCCGGAUGUACAUCAACAACGUUUUACAAGCCAUACAUGAAGACGGUUGUAACGUUAAGGGUUACACGGCCUGGGCCCUCAUGGACAAUUUUGAAUGGGUGAGUGGUUACAGCCAAAAGUUCGGGCUUUUCCACGUGGACUUUAACGAUCCCGAUCGGAGAAGGACACCCAAGGACUCUGCUAUAUACUACGCUAAAAUCGUCGACCAGAAUGGGUUUUUCCCUUUCGACGUUAUGUCUUCGGUCUCAAGAUUUGACACUUUGCCCAUCCUGUAUAAAAUCAUCCUCACAGCCAUCUAUGUCAUCUACUCCAUCAUCCAUCAGACUCUAUUUGGGUUACUUAGGAAACCUGACAGAAGGGAUAAGACUGGUGCUUUUGGCGUCUAG